AUGGCCGAAAGACCACAAAACCGUCCAUUGAAGUAUUAUGAUGUUCCAUCGCAAGCAGAACCGCAUAACAACAUUGUUUCCUCUGCCAUCAAUCGAAACGAUUUCGAGUUGAAAACUUUGUUGUUAUCAAUCGUUCAACAAAACCAAUUUUUAGAUAGUCCUACAGACGACCCUAACUUACAUUUGUCAGUGUUUGUGCAGUAUGCAGACACAGUGAAAGCAAAUGGUGGAGGUGAAUGUGCUGCUGUAGAAAAAUCAACUCUGAAAGGCGGAAUGUACGAAGUCAAUGGCAUAGACCGCGUCAAUGCUAAAGUAUAUGCGCUUACUCAAAAGAUUGAAAGCUUGACCAUAACACCAGCAACUACCGUAGCUAUCAUAACACCAAACUGUGAAUUAUGUGGAACCCUUGGGCACAUUAAUGUUGAUUGUCAGUUAUUGGUUGGUGUUCCCACCGACCAAAUAAACUAUGCUCAAGGAAACCCAUAUUUAAACACUUACAAUCAUGUCUGGAGAAACCAUCCAAAUUUUUCCUAUAAAAGUAACAAUGCUUUGUUUCCACCAAACCCAACACCUGCUAUUCCACCUGGCUAUCAGAAAGGAACCCAGUUGCUCCAUAAGCACCUAGAAAGUCAAUUCUGGAGAUCAUGA